UGACUCCCAGCACUUGCCACUGAGGAGUCAGUAUCCUUUGAGGACGUGGCCUUGAACUUCACCCGGACCGAGUGGGCUUUGCUGGAUCCUGCCCAGAGGUGCCUGUACAGAGACGUGAUGCUGGAGGCCUGCAGGCACCUGGCCUUCGUGGAGGGUUUCUCUCCAGGAAGAGCCCGUGAUCCUCUUGGACGGGUCUUGGAGAAUAAGUUGAUCAGUGAAGACAGCUCUGUGGGGUUCAGAAGCAAUGAUUCCUGCAAUGGUUUUGGAGAGAAGCGGAUGUUCCCUGACAUUGGUGAUCAGCAGCAAACGCAAAAGCGGCCACAGAAACGCAUCCCACUGAACAGUCUCGGUGACGGUCACAAAGCUCCCGUGGGAGUCCGAGGAACCCCGUGGCCAACUCGAAGCCUCCUUGCACCCCAAAGUCCUGUUUCUGCCUCUUCUGCGGAAUGUUCUUCCCCUCAACACCCCCCAGCCCCUCCGCACAACUCUCCUCCAGGUGACCUGGCUCAGGGGGGCGUUUGCUUCCCGGCCACCCAGGGCACCCCCUCUCCCAACCCAAGUGCCCUCAAGCAAUGCCCUCAGCGGGACGUUGGCACCCAGAGUUCGACGUCCCACGAAUGCAAAGUGUGUGGGGAGACCUUCAGUGCCGCCCACCUGCUGACGCGUCACAUCAGGGAGCACCACGAGGAGACGCGGUACGUGUGCGAGCUCUUCGGGAAGGGCUUCCGCCUCCCCUCGUGCCUGCCGGCUCAUGCUGAGACCCACGCUGACCUCGGGAAGCCCUUUCAGUGCUCCGAGUGCCCCAAGAGGUUCAGCCACCCCCGUAAGCUGCGCGCCCACGCUCAGUUGCACAGGGCCGCCAGGCCUUUUGCCUGCGAGUGGUGUGGGAAAAGUUUCAGGACUCGCUCACAGUUGUGUCAGCACAUCUGGACCCACACCGGGGAGAGGCCGUUUGACUGUCCUGAGUGCGGGAAGGCGUUCCGGUCGAGGAACGUAAGGGCCAAGCACCUGCGCAUCCACACGGGCGAGCGGCCCUACACGUGCCCGCAGUGCGGGAAAGGUUUCCGCUGCCAGGACGACCUUCAGGGCCACCUGGUGACCCACACAGACCAGAAGCCCUUCCAGUGUCCCGAGUGCGGCAAGGCCUACCGAUGGCGCUCCAGCCUCAAUGGCCACCUGAAGAUGCACCAGUUGGCUCAGCCUUUCACCUGCGGGGAGUGUGGCAGAGUCUACAGCGACUCCUCUCACUUCCGCCGGCAUGUCAGGGGCCACUACGAGGAGCGGCCAUUCAUGUGCCACUGCGGGCAGGGGUUUGACCGGGCUGCAGCCCUCCACACGCACGUCCGCCAGACCCACGCCGGCGAGAAGCGCUGAACCCAACUCCCGCCCUAGCCGGGAUUGUCACCCUGUCUCCCAGCAGCCUGCGGGGAAAGAAACCUCGGGGUGCAAAGACGGAGUGGGGUACAGCCCCAUGCCUCAAUUUCUCUCACCUUCCCUAAACUCAGAGUAAAACCAUUUUUUUUUUUUUUUGGUAAUGGUGUUGGGGCUAUAACUGAUGAUGCUCAGGAAUGACUCAAGGUUCUGCUCCCAGAAUCAGUCCUAGUGGUUCUCGGGACCCUCUGGGAUGCUGCGAUUGAACCUGGGACAGCUACAUGCAAGGCCAGCGCCCUCCCCGCUAUGCUAUGGUCACCGCCCCGGAUAUUGUAAUCUUGCUGCUGUGAAGUCAUUUGUGCCUUGUGGAGCCUGCGGGGAAAGAAACCUCGGGGUGCAAAGAUGGAGUGAGGGAGAUUAUUGGGGUAUGAUAUUCAGGUGACAUUUUGUUUCUUGUCUUUAUGUUUAUUUGGGGGCUGGAGGGAUAGAUAGUGCAGCAGGUAGGGCAUUCACUUUGCACGCAGCCGACCUAGGUUCAAUUUCUCCACCCCUCUCGGAGAGCUCGGCAAGCUACUGAGACUAUCUCGCCCACAUGGCAGAACCUGGCAAGCUACCCAUGGUGUAUCUGAUGUGCCAAAAACAGUAACAACAAGUCUCACAAUGGAGACGUUACUGGUGCCCGCUCGAGCAAAUUGAUGAGCAAUGAGAUGACAGUGACAGUGAUGCUUAUGGGGCCAAACCCAAUGAUGCUGCCUGCUUUCAGGGUUCAAUCCUGUGGGCCUUGGGACCCUGUGGUAUGUCCUGGGUCCCACCCGGCUCAGCUGCUGCAUGACCAGCGCCCUCUUUACUAUGGCUCCGGCUCUGAAUAUAAGUUCUAUCUUAUUUUCACCACUGUGUGAUUUCCACUACUGUUCCAGGUAGGGUUUACAAGCAACAAGUAGUUCUGAGAUUUUCUUUUUCUUUUUUGGAUGCACACUAUUGAUACUCAGGGCUUCCUCCUGGUCCUGCACUCAAGGAUCACUCCCAUGGUGCUCUGGAGACCCUAUGGGGUGUUGCGGAUCGAACCCGAGUUGGCCGAAUGCAAGCUGGGUUCCUUACCUAUUGUCUUAUUACUCUGGUGACGCUGAUGGAGGUAAGGCCUGCACUGGCCAUGGGUGACCAUGCCUGCGGUUUGCUGACCUCAAAGUGGCCUACGCUCUCCAGGAGGGGGACUCUCCUCUACGGGACCUGAAUGUAGAGAAACACGGGCAGAUGAGGCAGGCAGAGGGGUGGUGGGGCUUGGUGUUGAUUCAACACACUGAGUCAGAUCCCUUCGGAGAUCUGGGUUUCAAAGAAGUCGUUAUUCUUCAUGCAGAAUCUGUUUCCGUCAGAGUGUCACGUUACCUGGGUCACUGUGGUAAACAUUGGUGGCUGAUCGAUUGGUCAAUAAUCCUCUUAGCCGCUUAGACUGUGCAUCUGCUUACCCUACUGUGUCAACAUUUAGAGACGUUACUGACUCUCCAAUAAA